CUGUCCCACAGCACAUCAUCUCCAAUGCGCUUGCGGAUGCGAGGGACAUCGGCAAUGCUCCCGAUGCCACGCAGUAUACCGGUGAGGAGUUCGGUGAUAUAUCGAGGAUGAGUUGUAUCCCUCUCUUCGAGCACAGUGGACCCGGCUUUCCUCCUCGUCGCUGCCGCAUCAAGGACAUCUUGAUCCAUGCAAACGAGAAAAUUUGCCAGUUCAGCGGGAAAAGUAGCAUCAUUGAUGUUCGUAUCCGGAACUGUGACAGCAGGUCCAGGAUACGAACAAACCAGCUUUCCCUUUGCACCCAUCACUGCGGUGGAGUCAGGAGAGAUCUCGAAUGAUUCGAAUAUAGUCUCAGAUUCGAGUUUUCUCAUGACCACCGCAGCGUUUUGUGCGCGAAUCAUAUAUACUAGGACAUCUGCAAAUUGGUUGUCCAUAGCACUGAUCUGAGAUUCGACUUCC